GGGUUGGAAACGAGAGCAUUUCACCUCUCGCCAUCCCUGCUGCGCAACAGCGCACAACCGAAACGCUGCUUCCUUCUACUCUGCCGUUUCUUCAGAAACCUCUGCCCCGCAAGAGGUGGGAAAGAGCUCGUGAAAGAAAGUUGUAAAAACGAAGGUGCGACCAGCGCUGCGCCGAAAGCCUCUCUCGACGGCGGGCUUGGCGGCACGGGUGGCCGCCGCCACGGGGCGAAGAGCUGGGGUGGGGUGGCGAGCAUGUGGUAGAAGGCGCUGGGAAGGCGGGGCUUCUCCCAGGCUUCGGCUCUGGAGAGGCGCGCCAGAGCGGGCCGACGGGACGGGGAGGCGACAUGGGUCCGGGUGGCGGUGGAGGGACGCUGAGCCCCGCGUGGUGGCCUCCCCGCCGCCGCUGGCCGCUGGAUUCCUUGCUGCUGUUCCUGGCGUUGCUUCUGCUCUUGCACUCGUCAGAGGAAGAGAAAGAGGGCGAUGCAGCAAGCAAUUUACUUUCUGAUGUGUGUGCCACUUGCCAUGCUAAUGCCACAUGCCAGCAAAUAGAUGGCAAAAAUGCCUGUGUCUGUAACUAUGGAUUUGUGGGUAAUGGAAGGACUUACUGUCAAGAUAAAGAUGAAUGCCAGAUUGGGACAGAAAAGAUUUGUGGUGAUCAUACUUCAUGUCACAAUACAUAUGGAAGCUUUUAUUGUGUUUGUCUUGAGGGCUUCCAGGCUUCCAGUAAAAACAAGAUAUUCAUUCCCAACGAUGGCACGAAUUGUAUAGAUAUCAAUGAGUGUGAAGUCUCUGACAUCUGUGGCCUUGGAGGGCGAUGUCUGAAUACUGCUGGCAGCUAUGAGUGUUACUGUAUGGAAGGAUACCAAAUAGAAAAUGGCUCUGAGCCAUUUCAUUCGCUCACAACAAACAUUUCAUGCAAAGAAAUAGACUGUGGAAAGCCACCAGAAGUUCAAAAUACAGAAAUAAUCUGGGAUAACACCACAACCUUUGGGAGCACAGUAUACUAUAAAUGUAAAGAUGGGUUUCAGCAUCUUGGAGAACGUAACUUUUCACAGUGUACAGUGGCUCAAAAGUGGGAAAGCAUCACUUUUGAAUGCAAAGAAAUCACCUGUGGCCAACCUCCUAUAAUAUCUCAUUCGAAGAGAAUAUGGAAUGGCUUGUCUCAGCUGGGAAGCGUUGUAGAAUUCACAUGUAUAAAAGGUUUCUACCCAGCAGGCACAAAAAGACGAUCAUUCUGCACCAGAAGUGGAGCAUGGGAAUUCUUGGAUUUAAGAUGUGAAAAAGUGGAAGAGUUUGCUGAUGUUGCAUUGAAUGAGUCUUGUUUGACAUGGAGGAGGCGUUAUGGAAGUGCAGGAAUAAAUGAAACAUAUCAACUUAGUAUGAGGAUGCUAGGGAGCGAAUCAAAUACAACUACAGAUAUAUUGAUUAACCCUCCUGCAAGAGAAGAGACCGUAAAUGUAUGUUUGCAGUUACAUCAGGAUACAAAUUACAGUGUGGAAAUCACGGCACGAUUUGCCAGAUUGAUUUUAAUGCUCAAAAUAAUACAUCCAGUAGUUGAAAAGAAAGUUGAGUUCAGCAACAUCACCUUAGUUAAUGGCACCUGUAUUAAAUGGUGGAGAGAAUCAGGAACAGCACAGGCUGAAGAAACCUAUGUAAUUCAUGUCCAAGGUCUACGCUGGUAUCAGGAGCAAUUCCACCAUGAACUGAUUCUUAAUUUCACCACAGACUCUCAGACUCCGGAAGUAUGCUUUAAUUUUCUUCCAGGCAGCAAUUACAGUGUCAAUGUAUCCACAAUAAACCUGGAUCAUAAUGUUGUAGUCAGCACAAAAACAGAAAUUGAUGAUCCAGAACCUCCCAAAGUAGAAUUCAUUUCAGUACAAGGUUUUGUGCCAUUACUGAGACUUAGGAAAGCAGAAGAAAAAAAUGGACCAAUAAGCUCUUAUCAGGCAGUUGUCAUUCCCUGGAGCUCUCAGUGCAACUUUAAUUGCUAUUCUUCGACUAAUGUAACCUACUUCAGCAAAGGCAGUGACUCAGAAAGCUAUGUGGCAGCUGAGUUCCCAGCCCAGGCCAUUGGUGAUGGCACACUGGAGUUUGCCCCAGGAGACCGACUUUACUAUGGAAAAUACUACAAUGCUCCCUUGAAACAAGGAAGGGAUUAUUGCAUUAUAGUCAGAACUAUCAGUGAGUGGGAUGAGGUACGAACACAAUCUUGUGUAGCCUGGGCCCAGAUUAAAGAUCUAUCAUCCCCACCACAGCAUUUGACUGUUGUUGUGUUAGGGUCAGUUGCUGCUUGCUGCUCCAUCUUGUUACUCUUGCUCUGUGUAGCAUGAUUUAAAAAAACAGGAAAUGGCCUCAUAUUCCUGCACAAGAUCAUGCUCAUGUUGCCAACAGAAAAAAAGGAUUCCAAACUUUACAUAGUAAAGGGCAGCCUGAUGGUUGAUAACCCGUAACAGCUUGCAAGAUGGUCUACACAGGAUACUCUCUUCUGCUCACUAUCAUUCACAAAGUGACAUCAUGCAAAGGUAAAUCCCAGAAGAUGACUCCUCCUUUCAUCAGUCAGCCACUUAUCACCCAAACACAAAGCGGUUGUUUUUAAAGAGGUAUGAAUGUUAGUAAGCAGAAAAAUUCAUAACAUAAAAACCAUUUGUGCAAAUAUCCCCAAAUUUGGCACAAAGCAAGUGUGCUACAUCUGGUGCCAAAUUUGCUGCUGAUUUAAGGUCCAGUUUCAAAGUGAUAAUUUUUUUUUCUUUGUGGUUCCUCCAGUUUUAAAAUUGCCUUGUGGAAUUGUGAUUUGCUCUGUUGUGCAAUAUCUGUUUUUGCACUCUCAAGCAGCAAUCAUCACAUAAUCUUCACCCCUUGUUUUGUAGAAGUGCUCUUGGGAUAUUGAGAAGGAGUGGGAGGGGGGGAUGUUGAUGAUACCAUUAACAAUUCAUUAUGUGCUCAAUAUUAUUUUCAAAAUGACCUUCAAAAUUUUUUUAUUGCUUCCCAGGCCUUGAUCUGAAGUGAACAAAUAGGUGGAAUGUAGUACUAGCAUUGCCAAACCACUUCUGUCUUUUCCCUCACUGAGACAGUUGUUUUAUGGAGGAAAGAGAAAGAAUUGCUUUUGCAUGGACAGGAAUAAUUAUUUCAAGACUGAACAAUGUUAUGAGGGAGCUAUGCAUACAUAAACAGGGAAACCACAGUUCCCUCUGACAUGAGCAUGCAUGCAUAGGUCUCCAGCUCAUACACUAUACCAUGGCAAUUGUUCCAAUGUGUUUUAACAUUACCAAUUCAUUUUCUCCUAUUUGAUUCUUUAUGGCUAGCUACACCGUGGUAUCGAUUGAUUUUCUUUCUUGUUUUCUGGAGCACUGCAGCCGCUUACUUUAUUUUAUUUUAUUUUAUUUACUGAUACAUCAAUAUGUCAGGAAGGGGUUCCUGUUCAGUCAAAUUUCCUUUGUUGCACCAGCAGCUCUAUAAGAACUGCAUUGCACUUAAUAGAGCCUGCACCCCCAUCCAGGGCUGUGUCGCUUGCCAGACAGUAGGUGGAGUGAUGCAGUACCCACCAGUCUCCUGACAUACUUGGCCAUUGACAUAGGUUUACCUACGUAUUGACAUACCAGCCACACACAAAAAUAAAUAUACUGUAUAUAUAUCAGGGCAGCCAUAUGGCAGUAACAAUGGCUGCCUUCUCCAGUGACUUGGCUUCAGAAAAUAAUUGAAUAUAUUGAUAUGCCAUUGGAACAAAAUAACAGAAGCUUCCUAGCAAGUGAGAAAUAAACCACAGUUACAUUGCUGGCCUGGUAAAUGACUCGAUAAUGGCUGUGCAUCGUGUGACUGGAAAUUUCUACAAUGAUUUAGCAGGAUAUAACUAGGAAACAUUUGCUUUGCAUGAUCAUAUCCUAUACAAGGAUUUCCUCUGUUUUUCGAUGGAAAGCCUUUUCUCCAACUUUUGUAAAUGGAUAAAUUACUUUGCCUGUUCAAAUUGUCAGGUGUAACCCCCCUCCACUUUAAUAUAAAAUGCUACCAUUUUUAAACAUCUAUUUGUGGUUUUAAUGGAUUUGUCACAUAUAAUCUCAUAGCAACAGGAACAAGAAGUGGAUGAAUAUAUGCAUGGAAGGGGUGAUGGUUGCUGUGUAUGUAUAUGUAUAAUUUUUGAAGACUAUCUAAAAAGCUGUUGGUGCAGAAUUCUAGUGGAUAUUAAUCAGGGCAGAGUGUUGGGGUCAUAUCUAGCUUGUGCUUAAAGAGCUGUGGUGGCUUCCAGUCCAUCUCCAUGUGCAAAUCAAAGUGCUGCUGUUUUCC